AUGGAAGACCAGAUAUUUAUUACCUCUGAUGCUGCCUUAGAGAUGCUUAAUAGCGGAUCUGCAUACUUCGUUGACUCCACAUUGAUACGAAAUGAAGAUUCCAGGCCUAAGCAUCACCAGCUUAGAAUCAAGGGUGCUAAAUAUCUCUGCAUCGUUGAAAUUGCUAACACAGCCGCCAUCGGGCAAACAACUCCCUGGCCAACUCUGACCCAAUUCAGAGAUGGAAUGAUCAAAAUGGGCCUUCCAAACGACGGCAAAAACGUCAUUAUAUAUGACCAAACUGGCAUUGGAACCGCUGGCAGAGGUUGGUUAAUGCUUAAAUACUACGGGUACCCUCACGUAUACAUAUUAGAUGGAGGUCUUCCUAAAUGGACAGCUGAAGGCAAGCCUACUGAUUCUGAAGAAUAUGAUGAAGUUUGCCAUGACCCAGCCGAUGAGGAUAAGUAUCAGCUUAAUGAGCACAGAGAAUGGAGAGUCUUUAUUGAUGAGAUGGAAACUUACGUUAGCCAAAGGUCAAUAGGGGACAAUAGCAUUGCCUUUUGGGACCCAAGACCUUUAGAAAUUUUCCAACUUGGAGCUGUGCCGACUGCUGUCAAUUUUGCAGCCACAGUAAAUCUUUUCAACCCUGACAAGACUGUAAAGUCCAAAGAAGAAGUCAAGAAACUUCUAGACGAAAAUGGGAUUAGGACUGAAGGCGCGGUCGUUACUACUUGCUUGAGAGGAGUUUAUGCAUCUUUAGGUCUUGCAUUGCAGCAUUAUAUUGGGAACCAUAAUGUUAGAAUUUACACAGGAUCAUGGGAAGAAUGGAGACUUAAUAGAAAAUAA